CGGAUCCGCAAUUGCGGAUCCGCACAACGCAGAAAGGAACGCAUGAGGGCUUCAGCAGCAUGUAUCUUCUCUCCAGAUCUACACUCACAAUGGAACUCCGUCAUCUUUUCAUCGCGUUGAUAUUGCUGGUCGCCCAUUCAUCGUUGUCAGCAGGCGACAGCCAUGAUGGCCAUGAUGGCAAGAAGAACAUCACGGCGCUGCGGAAGAAGCUGCUGGGCAACGCCACCACGCAGUACUAUCAGGUGUCGUUGGACCACUUCAACUGGCGGCACAAUGAGAGCUUCUAUGUGCGGUACCUCAUCGACGACACGCACUGGGGAGGGCUGGGGUACCCCAUGCUGCUCUACACGGGAGGCGAGGGACCAAUCGAGAGCUUCUUCGUCACUUCCAAAUUCGUCACCAAGACAAUCGCAGAGCGAUUCAAGGUCAGCGGACGAUCAUAUCGUCUGUGCCCACGGGCGCGCUCAGCUCCCUUUCAAUGUGUUGUGUUUGUGUUGGCGGUGCAGGCGCUUUUGUUGUUCAUCGAGCACCGGCAGUUCGGCGCAUCCUGGCCCGAGAUUGGCUUCGCGUCAUUGGGCUACCUGAUGCCGGAACAGGCCCUCGAGGACUUUGCAGGGCUGGCGCAAUGUGUGGCGGAGCAGCUGCCCACGGGAAUGGAUCGACAAAGGGCGCUGCCGACCAUCGCCGUCGGAUCGUCAUACUCUGGUAAAUGUUGAUGUCAUUCAUACUCUGUCCGUGUGUCGUCGGUUGUGACCUGCUGUCUGUGGGUAUGUGUGUGCAGGGAUGCUGAGUGCGUGGAUGCGGUCUAAGUACCCGUCUGUGGUCGACAUGGCCGUCUCAUCGUCAGCGCCCGUCAUUCAGGGCCAGCACAGGUCAGGUGAGCAACGUAUACGAACUCACAGACAGACGCAGACACACCAAAGUACAAUAAAUAACCUUUCCUUCCAUUGGUCGGUUGAUCGAUCAGGCGUGGCUUCAGCCGUGUGGUGACAGACGACCUGCAGCAGGCGGGGUGUGCCCUGGAGGUCAAGAAGGUCUUCCACCUGCUGGCGCUCACCUACGCCCACCCCUCCACAUACCUCCCACAUCUAAAGCGGUCGUUGGACCUCUGCCCCCCCUCGCACCCACCCAGACGCCCCAAUGCAACCGAGGAUGUGCUCGGCAUCACCGUGUGGCUGGUGUCGUCGAUGGACACCAUCGCCCAGUAUGACAUCCCUUAUCGACUGGGCAGCCUCGCAGCCCAUCCACUCAAGCACUUCUGCGCGGAGCUCCGGGCGAACCGCACUGCCUUCGCUUUUGAGCUGCCCGUCCCCACCGCUGACACAAAGACACAGUUGAGAGGAGGGCGAGUGCCGGUUGACACUUACGAGUCGGUGUUCCGGUCGGUCAAGGGUGCGCUCAACUCGACGCUCUCCCUCACCGACCGGCCCGGCGCGUGUCUACCUCUCGAGAAUAACCUGACGAGCGAGGGGCUGCCCUUGGGGGAUCGGGUGUCGUGGAACUACCUCUGCUGCACCGUCUUCGGCGACUCGUGCACAGACGAGAUCUUCUUCACAGACGGCUUCGACUUCGCCUCUGUGAAGACCGACCGGUGGGCAGAGGAGGAAUGGAGGGCGCCGGGCGUGUUGCCCAACCUGGAGCAGCUGAUCGGCCGGGAGGAGCGUGCCAACUGCGAGGCAAUGUAUGGUGUCAAGCCUGACGACCGGUGGGUGGCGCGGUACACGGGGUACCGGUACGACACCUGCGACAAGGUGGUCUUCACCAACGGGCUGGUGGACCCUCUCAGCGGCGAGUCGAUCCUCGAAGCGCCGUCCAAGACAUGCCCAGUAUGCCUGGCCCGUGGAUGUGUCUCAAACGCCCCUUAUGUGGCUUCUCUCUCCCUGUCACGCUCACUAGGUACUGAACAUUGCUGGCGGCGCCCAUGCGCUGGAUCUGGGUUUCAUUCGUGACGACGACCCGCCGUCCCUUAAGCGCGCCAGGCGACAGGUCAUCAAGCAGCUGGAUGAGUGGCUGACCGGCAUGGGGCGGGGGGAGGAGCAGGAGCAGAACACCAACGCCACAGCAGCAAACCUGACCGGUGAGUGAGAGCAAAGAGAGGAGAGAUUGGCCAAACAGCCUCUCGCAUGUGUGUGUGUGUGUGUGUCUUGUGUGUGUGUGUUGCAGCCAAGGCGAUGGUGGAAAGGAUACUCCAUCAGUGCGGAACCGACUCGCCCUCUUUCAAGAUGACCCGCGCCAAGCUCCUCAAGACCGACCUCGACCUGCCCGACGUGGGGGAGGCCGGCGGCUCAAUGUCCGUCGCGGGCGUCAUCUGGCAGGUGAUCUUCUACCUCGUGCUCAUCGCUAUCGGCAUGGCUAUCGGUACGUCCGCACACACACUGGUGACCAGUGCGACGUCGUGAGCUCCGUGCUGCUUACCUUUACCUUCACCUUUCCUGCAGGUGCCUACUACAGCGCGCCUUUGCGUCGGUGUGUCCGUUGGCGGCCCGGCUGCCCCCGCACACAGCCGAUGGAGGUGGUGCUGGGACCCGCCGCAUUCACUAACGGCACACGAGUACUCAUGAAAGAUAGCCACCCAAACACACCCACAGCUGCCCAUCAAUUCUGUGCUGUUGUUUUGUCAAACAGGUCCCUGGCAGCCGCGCCGCCCCAUUGCUGAGUGACGACUUCAUGGAGCUGCACCAGAUGGGCCCACGCGAGAGCCAUGCGGACGAAGACGAGGACCAUCCACAAGAAGACAACAGCACCAACCACCACUACCACAACGAUCGGCCGGCACAACAGCUGCUGCGGCCGGCCAAGAAUGACGAGAGGGAACGGCAAAGAGAGAGGGAGCGGGAGAGGGAGAGGGGGAGGGAGCGGGAGAGGGAGAGGGAGAAGGAGCGAGGGCGGCAGAGGGGCAAAAAGGGGGCAGAUGAGGUGGAGCUACAACCGAUAGUUGAGCAGGGUGAUGGAUGAAAUGAGAGAGAAGACUGGAUGAUGGAUGGCUCACCGGCCUAUAAUAUCGAUGAGAUGAGCGAUGGGUGUAGAGAACGGCAUGUUUGUGAAUUGGUGUGUUUAUGCGAACUUACUUAGUGUGUGGGACAGAUGAGACACCGUGUGCAUCUUCCUUUACAUCGUGAGGCAGACCCGCAUCACCUUCAUUUUCAGAUCGCAAACCUCGCCGUCUCCGAGUCGCUCUCACUCCCCCUCUGAAAAUGGCGGGUGAGGGGGCCUUCACAAGCAUCAACCAAUUCCACAUUCUGAAGCAGCUCCACCGGAGCCCGACAGGCGCCGUCUACCUCGCGAGGGCCAGGAGCUCUGGCCAAGGCAAAGUGGUCGGUUCUCAAUGACCAUCUAUCUCUUGUUUCUCUCCGCCUGCAUCAGGCUGUGUGUGUGUGACAUGCAGGUGCUGAAGCAUCGCACUGCUCCUGAGCUCGGCAAUAGUGGGGAUUUUCUCAACGAGUACCGCCUUCUGAAGGGCUUCUCACACCCAAAUAUCAUCAAGUGCUACGGUAUGCGUACGCACCACCUCCUGAAGGACACCACCCACACACACGGCGUUGUACGUCUGUCUGCAGGGUACUUCUAUGGUCACGAUGGCAGCGCCAGUGCCGGCCAGCAGAGAGGGGGGUUGUAUGUGGUGCUGGAGUACGCGGACAGGGGAGAUCUGGCGACUGAGAUACACAGGAGGAAGCAGCGCAACUGGUAUUGCACAAAGAAACGUCGGCAGCCCAUGGCAUGGAGAUGGCUCUCUCUUGUGUGUGUGUAUGUGUGUGUGUGUGUGUGUGUGUCCACUGCAGUCCCUUCAGCCACGGUGAGGUGUGGGACACGUUCAUGCAGGUACUGAGUGGGGUUAAGUACCUGCACAAGCAAGGUGAGACCGACCGACACAUAGAGCACCAACACGCUACGCUGAUCAGUCAGACAGCCCAGACUGCCUGUAUGUUUUACACUGUGCAGCAUGCGUCCAUCGCGACCUCAAGCCGCUGAACGUCUUCCUCACAAGUGACGGCCUUGUCAAGGUCAGUCGACCGUGUCAGUCAUACGAAUUAAAGAGAAUUGCUCGUUCGCCCGCCAUGUCUCAGGUCGGCGAUUUGGGUGUGGGUCGGCGCCUCUCCGAUGAGACACUGAUGCUGCAGUCGUUCUACGGCACCCCACGCUAUCUCUCACCAGAGAUGAUCCAAGGAAGGUCAGCCAAGGUAGGUAGGCAGCCCGCAGCAGGGAGAGACGGGGCGGGUAUCUUCUCUCUCUCUCCCUCUCUCUCUCCUGGUCCUUGCGCGUCCGUCUGUCUUCAGGCCGUACACGGCGUCGACUGACAUGUGGUCGCUCGGGGUUGUUCUCUACGAGCUGCUCACGCUCAAGUAAGCAAUGCUGUCAUCUCUCGUUCAUCCCGGGCUGACUGACUCCCUACUCCCUCGUGUGUCGACGUUCAUCAGCCCUCCAUUCCGCGGGCAGAGCCUACAGGCCGUCACCAAUGAAAUUAUCUUGGUCCGACCGCAAAAACCGACCACACAUGUAUGCGGAUUGCUGUGUCUCUCUUUCUCUCUGUCUGUCCGUCAGGGUCGAUGGGCCCCUCUCCCGCCCGAGUGUGCGGACACCCUCUUCGACAGCACGAUUCGGGGGCUGCUGCAGUCCGACCCUGACAGGCGACCGACAGCAGGUGCGUGUGCAGGUGGAGACAUGCGCUGUCGAUCUGUGUCUCCCCUCCCUCUUUGUGCAGAUGUGCUGUUCAGGCGUUUGUCAGACACACUCAUGAAGACCCGCCGUCAAGCGUCUGCAGAUCCCUACGUGUCUCGGUCCAAACCUUCGCCACCCCUCGCCGAAAUCGAUGACAAGCCCGCGGCUGAUGCCUCACCAAAGUGCAGAGACCAAGCCGUUCAGUGCAAGCCGACCGACAUUGCCAAUCGAGACGACAUGUGCACACCGCUAGAGACAUUGGAACGUCCUGCCAUCAUUCCCCUCUCCCCUCCCCGCUCGCCAACUGCUGCAGGAUGCCCCUCUCUUCGGUCACCGACAUCGCACCAUAACUCUCCCCUUCUAUCGGCUGAAAGCCCGUGCUCACCUUGCUCACCACUACCCGCUCGGCCCUCAGCCGAUGCUGCCGGGGGCCUGAAGGUCAUCCGUGUGCGCAGGAAACAGGACCGGGGCGAGAUGAGGGUGACUAAUGGUGACGAGACGGUGCGGGAUGUGUGCAGAGGAUGCUGAGGGGAGGGGGGCGGUUGUGUCGAAAGCCCGAGAGGGAAGGAUGUGAGUGGAUGGACGUGUUUGACAGAUGAGGUGUGAUGUGUGUAUUGACAAG